AGGCGUGGUGCUGGGGAACAGGCAGAAGUGCCCUGAAAUGAAGGAGAAGCCCUUGAUUUAAAUCCUUAAAAUGAUGAAAAAGGGCUUUUCCAGACUAGCAUGAAGACUACCACAAUCAGCCAUCCUGAAUAAUCUGGAAAAAAUAUGAAAUUCAUUGGUUUAGAUGUUUCUUUCUUCAUUCUCUCCACCCUCACUGCUCUUUGGAAUGCAGGAGCUCAAGACUCUUGUGCACAGCGAUGUGGGGAGCUGGUUGGAAGCUGUUCUUGCCAGGUGACAUGCCAGUCCUUGGGGACAUGCUGUCCUGAUUACACAGAAUUUUGUCUUCAAAUUUCUCCAUACUCAGGAUCUCUUAUGGGAGGCAAAGACUUUUUGCUUAACAACACAACUCUUGCUGCAUCUUCUGUGAUAAAAUGCAGGUUCAAGCAGGAAAUCAUAACCAAUGGCUAUGUUGACAAGGAUGGAAAAGCCCACUGCAUCUCCCCAUUGCUUUAUGAGACUGGUUUCAUCCCUCUUGAAGUUUCUACAGAUGAUGGGUUAACGUAUCCCUACUCUGGAACUUGGUUAUCAGUGCAUCACAGCAAAGUUUCAGAUGAAGAAAAAUGCACACUGGUAAAUGAGACAAAAUGGCAAUACUAUGGCACCCCCAGCACUGGUGGGAACUUAACUCUUAACUGGACACACCAGACACUUGAUGCAACCCACGUCAACAUAGAAGUCUGGGGAUACCAGGAAACAGGUGACAGUUAUUCAGAAAACUGGAUGGCUGAAUGGAAAUAUCUUUAUACUUUGGCAAAAGAAAUCCCCAAUACAGGGAAAUAUUCUUUCCUUCCUGUACCCGCCGAGGGAAAUUACAGUACAUGGCACUUUGGAAUUUUGAGAAUUAUACCCAGCAACUACUCAGAAGGUCAAAGCAACAUUCAAUCAAUCUGGAGCCCAGAACAUGCAUUGGCUUGGCAUCUUGAGAAAGACUUCAGAAAUGACCCAAAUGCAUGGGCAACUGCAAAAUGUAUUGAAUGGGACAGAAAGGAAGAGUCGCUUCCAAACUUCUUGGAAGAAAUUGCAGACUGCCCUUGCACCUUGGCACAGGCAAGAGCUGACACUGGCAGGUUUCAUACAGAUUAUGGCUGUGACAUUGAAAAGGGGAGUGUGUGUACUUACCAUCCUGGUGCUGUGCAUUGUGUAAGAGGCAUCCAAGCCAGUCCCCGGUAUGGGGCUGGGCAGCAGUGCUGCUAUGACUCCACGGGAACCCAGAUCCUCACGCGCGACUCCACCGGAGGCAGCACACCUGACCGAGGGCAUGACUGGGGCUCACCACCUUUCCUGAGGCCUCCCCGGAUACCUGGCUUUUCCCAUUGGCUUUACGAUGUUAUCAGCUUCUAUUACUGCUGCCUGUGGUCUGACAAUUGUGAUUUCUACAUGAAAAGGCGGCCCUCUAGUGACUGCAGGACGUACCGCCCGCCCCGAGCUGCAUCUGCUUUUGGGGAUCCUCAUUUCCUUACAUUUGAUGGUCUGAACUUCACCUUCAACGGCCUAGGAGAAUACACAUUGUUAGAGUCUGAUCUCACAUCCCUGACAGUGCAAGGGAGGACACAGCAGGCACUCUUUCCCAAUGGAACUGGGGCUCAGGGGACAGGCUUGUCUGCAGUGGCCAUGAAGGAGAACAACUCUGAUGUGAUUGAAGUGCGCUUCUCUGAGGGUUUGAAUCUGCAGGUCCUCCUGAACCAGAGGGUUCUCAGCUUCUCUGAACAAACUUGGCUGGACUUGAAAGGUCUCUUUCUGUAUUCUACACCUGGUCAGAAGAUCACAGUGAUGUUCUCUUCUGGGUCUGGAGUGGAAAUAAGGAGAAGUGGAAGAAUUCUGACCCUGACAAUUCUGCUCCCAGAGAAGUUUAUGAAUCACACACAGGGUCUCUUUGGGGUAAUGAACGGCAAUCCAGAGGAUGACUUCACCUUCAAGAACAAAUCCACCUUGUCAGUUCAUGCAAGUCCCCAGCAGGUGUUUGAGUAUGGAGCUAGCUGGGCUGUUGAAAACGAAACGUCUCUCUUUACUUACGACACGGAGUUCUUACUGAACAGUUUCUUUUAUGGGGAAAAGCACAAUGCUUCCUUUCUGCCUGUGUUCUCCCCUUCUGAAGACCCUGCUGACCCCCUGGUAGAAGACAUGGUCUCACUCUGUGGCUCUGACCCAUUCUGCAGAUUUGAUGUCCUGACAACAAGAAGCCUUGAAGUGGGAAUUUCCACAAGACUUUCCCAUCAGAAUCACAAGCAGCUGGUAGAACAUCUAGAGCCAGUGGUCUCUUGUGGCUGGCUGGAUCAUCCAACCAAUGGAAGAAAGAAUUCCACUAACUACCUGCAGGGCUCAACCAUCAAUUUUACCUGCAACGAGGGCUAUGAACUCACAGGGUCACAGGAAAGAACCUGCCAAGUGUCAGGAGCCUGGUCAGGGGACACAGCUCAGUGCAGCCCAGUAACAGCUAUCAAACAAAUAAUUGUUAUUGGCACUGUAUUUGGAAUAGUUGGUCUUGCAGUCCUGGCACGUCUGGCUUAUUUAUGCAGAAAGCAGAGGGUCCACAAGAAAUAGAAUGCCAGAUAAAAUGGAAUUGAAAUUGAGUGAAUGCAAACAAAAUGGGGGUAUAGCCCUUGGAAAGAAGACUGUAUGUGUGAGGAAGAACUAAAUACUUCUGAACUUAUCACCAAAAAACCAGCGCAAAGCUAACAGAACACUGCUAUUGUUUUUCAGUAUUUCAUCAGCUCAAAAAUGCUACAUUCACUAGGAAUUCAGCUCAAAGAAACAAGAAUGUGGCAUAUUAUGCUGCGAUAUUAAAAUUUAUGUGUAAAGCCA